CUUCAGAGAGUUUAGAAGUUUCAGAAGCCGUCCUCCUCCGGGGUCUCUUCCAGCUCUGCCUCAUGACUUUAUCUCACUGCCAAGGACUAGGGGAUUGUCACAGGAUUGGGGAGACUGGGUCCUCCCCAGCCUCUCCAGCAAAAGCAGUAACCGGGGGCCUUAGGCCCCCUUCCUGGGGUCCCAUUGCUGGAAGACCUUCCUCCAGCCAACCCCACCUUGGGCAUCCCAAUCCCCUCCCCCUCUGGAACCCUCAACCCCACAGAGUACACAGCACACAUGAGAAGGCCCAGGGAACGUGAGGCCGAGGGGAGUGUGGGAUCCCAGAAGCAAAGCUGGAGUGCUCCCCAGGGAAGGCUGUUCAGGCCAGGAAGCCCUGGGUACAAAGAGCUCCACAAGGCCACACGCAAAGCCCGAUCCGGGUUCCUUCUCCAGACGGAAGCUCUUGUUCCCAUUGCCCUGACCCCUGGCACCAGCUCCCGGCAAUGCCCCAUCUCACCCAUCUGGUCCCCCUCCCCUCCGGGCACCAGCACCCUGGCUGCUGAGAUCCAAUUGGAGUGAUGGACGAGCCUGACCACCUCCAGCCAGCCUGGCGAUGACAGAAAAAGCCAUCUCGGACGUCCCCGCCUGUGGUCCGGAGGAGACCGCUUCUGAGUCAGCCGAGGCGCCCACCGCAGAGCCUUCUGGAGAAGCAGCAGUGUUGGAGUCCACCGGGGAAGAGCGGGCUCCCACGCCACAGGAGCCUGCCUCCCAGGAACCUGCCCCCGCAGCCCCAGCCACCGCCACCAAACCUGCACCUCCAAGUGAAGAUGUGCCCAGUGCCCCGCUGCUGCUGGCCUUGGAGGAUGUGAGCGACAGCUCGGUGACCGUGAGCUGGGAGCCACCGGAGAAGCUAGGGAGGCUGGGGCUCCAGGGCUAUGUGCUGGAGCUCUGCCGAGAGGGAGCCUCGGAGUGGGUGCCUGUGAACGCCCGGCCCCUGAUGGUGACCCAGCUGACGGUGCGGAACCUGGCUCUGGGGGACAAGUUCUUCCUACGUGUGGCUGCAGUGAGCUCUGUGGGAGCCGGCCCACCAGCUGUGUUAGAACAGCCUGUCCACAUCCAGAAGAUCAUCGAGGCCCCCAAGAUCCGAGUCCCCCGCCACCUUCGUCAGACCUACAUCCGCCAGGUGGGAGAGCCAGUCAACCUGCAAAUCCCCUUCCAGGGGAGUCCCAGGCCUCAGGCGUCUUGGACCCAUAAUGGCCGCGCCCUGGACAGCCAGAGGGUGAAUGUACGCACCGGAGACCAGGACUCCAUCCUCUUCAUCCGCUCGGCCCAGCGCUCCGACUCAGGAUGCUAUGAGCUCACUGUGUGUCUGGAAGGCUUGGAGGCCAAGGCAGCCAUCGACAUCCUGGUGAUUGAGAAACCUGGACCCCCCAGCAGCAUCCGGCUCCUGGACGUCUGGGGCUGCAACGCCGCCCUUGAGUGGACGCCGCCCCAGGACACGGGCAACACGGAGCUCCUGGGCUACACAGUGCAGAAGGCAGACAAAAAGACAGGGCAAUGGUUCACGGUGCUGGAGCGCUACCACCCAACCACCUGCACCAUCUCUGACCUCAUCGUGGGAAACGCCUACUCCUUUCGGGUCUUCUCGGAGAACCAGUGUGGGCUCAGCACCUCGGCCGCGACCACCAAAGAGCUAGCCCGCAUCCAGAAGGCAGAUAUUGUUGCCAAACCUAAAGGGUUUGUGGAGCGAGACUUCUCAGAAGCCCCCUCGUUUACUCAGCCCCUGGCUGACCACACCUCCACUCCCGGCUACAGCACUCAGCUCUUCUGCAGUGUCCGAGCAUCGCCCAAGCCCAAGAUCAUCUGGAUGAAAAACAAGAUGAAUAUCCAGGGUGACCCCAAAUACCGUGCCCUCUCUGAGCAAGGCGUCUGCACCCUGGAGAUCCGGAAGCCCAGCCCCUUUGAUUCCGGGGUCUACACCUGCAAGGCUGUCAAUGUGCUAGGGGAGGCAUCUGUGGACUGCCGGCUGGAGGUCAAAGGGAAAGGUACGAGGAAUGUCCUUCCCUAGGGACCGUCCCCUAAUAGAGGCCACCUCUUCUCCUGCUGGGCUAGAUGAGGCUGGGUGCUGGAACUCAAGGCAAGAGAGCGGGGUAGUAAAGAUGGAGAGGUCCAGUUAGUGGAAAGAUUUUCUGAGUGGGAGGACAGCCCAGCGUAGGGAAUGGAGGUAGCCGAGAGUCUGCCACCCAGACUGAUGGAUUGCCUGGGGGGAGGGUAUGUAGCCUUGCGCCCCUCUCGUCCCACUACCCCCAACUUGGGUCCCCUGCAGAAGCUCCCCUCCCCCACUCUGACUGUGACAUCUCUUCCAGCGUCAGCCACACACUGAAGAACGACAGGAUGCCAUGAUGAGGAGGACG